AUGAAUGGCGCAAAUUCUAGUGGGCUUAGCAAUUGCCCUAAGACCCCGGCUCCUUUUCCCACAAAUUGGAUACCUGUGCUUGAAAAGCUAGCAUUCAGCCCUCACAAGAUCGACUUCGUUUGCAUUGGAGCCGGUUUCUCGGGUUUGACCCUUGCAUACAGGUGGAAACAUGAAGGAGCCAAUGAAUUCAUCAACCGGAGAAUAUCUGAAAAGAACCACGACGUGGGCGGCACUUGGCUUGAAAAUCGCUACCCAGGGAAUGCGUGUGAUGUCCCCGCUCAUAUCUACACAUUUACCUUCGAACCAAAUCCAGACUGGACAUCGUUCUACGCAUCUGGACGUGAAAUUUGGCAAUACAUGAAGCGGACGACGGAAAAAUAUCAGCUCGAUGAGCGUGUGCGGCUCAAUUCCAGAGUGACCUCCGCCAUCUGGGAUGACGCUGCUGCUAGAUGGAAAAUACGAGUAGACCAGGGCGGCAAAAUCAUCGAAACUGAAGCCCAUAUUCUUAUCAAUGGUUCCGGCAUUCUGAAUAAAUGGCACUGGCCCGACAUCAAGGGGUUGAGCUCGUUCAGAGGCAAACUUGUGCUCAGUGCCGACUGGGACGAAAGCUUGGACUGGGAGGACAAAAGACCUGAGGCAUCCAAAAUCGCCACUUACAUUCGUUCUCCAACAUGGAUCACGUUUAAUUUUGCCGCGCAGCUUACUUCGGACGGGGAGAACUUUGAGUAUCCCGAGAAUGAUAAACGAUUGUGGAGGGAAAAUCUGGGGGAGCAUUCGAAACUCCGCCGCCAUUUUGAGCAUGAAUUCAACAAGUUCUUUCCGUCAUAUUUGGCGGAAGGUGCCCAACAAGCCGAGAUGAACAAGCUUUUCAGACAAACCAUGGAGCAGCGCCUUAACCAUAACGCUGACCUCUGUGCAAAGCUCAUUCCGGAUUUCGGGAUUGGAUGCCGACGGAUCUGCCCAGGUGAUGGGUACCUCGAAGCAUUGCAAGAGAAGAAUGUACGGAUUGAAUUUUGCUCGGUGGAGGAGAUCACCCCAACAGGAAUCCGAAGCUGUCAAGGCCAUGAAGAAUUCGACAUCGUAGUCUGUGCCACCGGGUUUGAUGUCAGCUUUGUCCCGCCAUGGGAGAUGAUUGGGAAAAAUGGGGUCUCCCUGAGGGAGCAAUGGAAAGAUGCACCCUAUGCGUAUUUCGGUAUCUGUACCCCUAACAUGCCGAAUUAUUUCAUUUACAACGGUCCUAAUUGCCCAAUUGCGCAUGGAAGUUUGAUUCUGGUCAUCGAGUGGUUCACCGAUUAA